GUGUUGAUACUACAUUGAGCAACACAGACAGCAAUAUCCCACCAGCCGCCCCUGCUAUAACUUGCAUUGCUACUUCAUACCCAACUGUUCGAAGGAUUGUCAGCUGCAUUUACAACGCAAAGAUGAAACUUUCCCCGAAAGAUGAGAAAGAAUUCAACGAAUGUUUCGAGAUGUUCGAUGAAGAAGAUGUGGGCGAGGUGGACGUUGCAGAGUUGACGAAGAUGAUGACAUUGUUGGGGUGGGAUCCAUCGCAGAACGAACUUGAACAAGUCAUUAGGGCGGCAAAACUUAAACCUCGCGGUAAAAUGUCGAAAAGUCAAUUCAUGAAUUUAAUGGAGAUCUGGUGUUCGGACAACAAGGAGAAACAUUCGGAUGAAGAGUUGGCGAAAGCGUUCAAGGUUUUCGACAAGGAUGGUAGCGGAUACAUCGAGUGGGAGGAACUUAAAUACGUGAUGCAGGGAACCGGGGAGCCGCUAAGUGAUGAGGAAGUGACGAUCAUGAUGAAGGAAGCGGAUAAAGAUGGAGAUGGGAGGAUUGAUUAUCAAGAAUUCGUUGCGAUGAUGCGAGGAGACUGCCCUUCCGUUCUAUAAGAUUUCUAUGUUGAACCCAGAUGUCAUCCAACCUAACCAACAAACCUAUCGAAUGUCGAUGUUGUAUAUACUUUGUAUGUAGUGAAUGUUGCAUUGACAUAAUGUUACGAACGACUUGUGUUCGUUGGCAACGACAUUUGUGACUUCCAUGUUUACAAUACACCCGCACACUCAGAGUUCUAAUACGCCAACUAAUACAGUAUGCUGUAAAUUUA